AUGGCGGAGCAGCGCCGCCGGGCAGCGGCGGCCCGCGCGGAGGUGGCCGAGGCGAGGGCGGCGGGCGCGCAGGAGCGGCUCGAGGCCGCCCGGGCCGCGCACUGGCAGGCGGAGGUGGAGGCGCGGCGGGCGCAGGAGGUGCUGCGGGAGAUGCGCGCGGAGGUGGCCAGGGCGGCCGAGGAGUGCGAGCGCCUGUGCAGCAGGUGUCCUUGCGCCAGCACGCACACGGCCGCCGAGCCGCCCGGGCGGCAGCCUGCAGGGGCCUGCCCGCAGCCGCCAGAAGCAGGCGGCACCGACACGCCCGCGGCGCCGGGGGCGAGCGGUGGCUCCUCGCGCAUCCGGUGCCUGGACAUCGAGAUGGACGAGCCUGAGGAAUUGCAGCUGUACCGCAACUUCCUGGGGCACUCUAUACGGCUGCUCAAGGACGAGGCCGCGCACGAGCCGAGGGCCGGGACACCGCCAGCGGAGCCGCCGAAGGCCAAGGGCGCUGGCGGGCCCGCUGCGCGGGAGAAGCUGGUGCCCGUCGACGGGCCGCCGGGCGUUUUCCGUCAGGUAGGCGUUUGGAAGAUCGCCGACGAUGCCUCCGUCGUUGUAGGCAGUCGCAUGCUGUGUUUGGGCAACGUGGAGCACCCCAAGCUCACGCUCUUCCUGCAUAACGAGAAGGUGCUCUCGGAUAUGCAGCUCCUCGAGCACUGGGUGGAGUGCCUGAUCGCGGGGGUACCGGAGUUCGCCGUGUGCUUUCACCGGAACGGCGCGGUCCAAUCGUACACCGUGUACAAGGUCUCCGAGCUGCGCUCCUUCCUGGAGGAGCGCCUUGCCAUCGGCAAGAGGCUCCAGAUGACGCUCCAGGUCCUCCGGUGGAUCAAGCGGCAGUGCUGCCUCGAGGGCUGCACGUACUGGCUCUCGAAGGCGAAGAGCGAGCCCAGGCUGAAGCUCUUCAAGCUCUGCGGCGCGGCCUCGGCCGAGGGCUCGCAGAAGAAGGUCGGGCUUGUGGAGAAGCUGCCCAUGCUGUAUCCGGUGUUGGGGAAGGAACUGGUGGUGAAGAACACGUUCCUCGACUGGCCGGACGAGGAGGAUGAGGCGGACCAGGUCGAGGGGGAGCAGGCGGAGUGUGCAGACGCCCGCCGCUCCCAGAGCUGCCCCGCGCGCUUCUGCGGCAUCGCCGCCUGCGACGGCGACGCGGCCGGGGAGCCCAGGUGGUGGGAGACGAGGCCGUUCGACCAGACGUGCUUGUCGCUGCCUCUCAGGAGGCGCGUGUCCGCGCUCUUCUUCCGGAGAGCGGAGUCCCUGCCCCCUGGCCCAGACGCAGUGCGGUUCAUCCAGCACGCUCUCGACCUGGAGCUCACGGACGGCGUCCGCGGUUCGCCGCCGGGCGGGCCGCUAAGCGGGCGCCUGUUCCUGCAGGCGUGCUGCCACCUGGGCCUGGCGCUCUGCCAGAUACCGCCAGCCCUGUGCCGCCACGGCGGGCCCCCCGCCGGCGGCGGCUGCAGCCCGGGGGGGGACGCCCAGGCGGACGAGGCCGACGGGCAGGCGGGCAAUUUCUGGAGCCCAGAGGCGGCGUCGGCGCGUGGGCGAGACGCUGGCAUCUGGAGACAGCUGCAUGCCGCAGCAGCAGCUCGGGCCAUGCCCCCGCCACGGUUCAGGCGGGCCCCUGCCCGUCGCUCGCCGGGGCAGGCGCUGGAGGAGGGUAUCAGGCAACUGGCCUGGCUGGACAACUGCUCGGCGGAUAUCUUUGCCAACUUGGGGGCGGCAGAGAUCAAACUGCCCAAUGGCGCCGCCGAGGCGAUCCACGCGGAGCUGCAGCGGGCGCUGGUCACCGCAGACUACGUCGGCUGGGCGGCGGCCAGGAUUUGUCAAGUCGACCCGUGGAGGCCGCCGGGCGAGGGCGGGAAGCUCAUGCGGAAGGCGGAGCCGAAACUCUUUCCAGGUCCGCAGCUCGGCCUCACACGCCACGAGUACCAGACGGCGGGGGUCGACGGGGCCCAGUGCAUCCGCUUUGGGGCGGAAGCCUACGCGGGCAAGGCUCGGACUCUCCUGGACUGCAGGCCGCGCGCGCCCUCGCGCCUCGGCCAGAUGCGAGCGGCAAAGAGCCAGAGCGCUGCUGGAGCGCAGCUGCUGGUGGGCUCUGAAGCGGUCAACCCGGCAGCGCAGGAGCACCUCCAGGCAGCGGCGCCGACGGGUCGGGAAGGCGACCUGGAGGACGUCCUCACGCAGCUGGCGUCUUGGUGGAUCACGGACUUGCAGGGCCAGAGCCACGCGUAUGCGUGCUGGCUGCAGGAGGGCGUGAACUACGUGUCCAGGCUGCUCGGUGCACCUGCGUUCAGCGGGUUCUUCCGCUACGUCAGCGCGGACAGGCUGGGCGCUGAGAAGCCGCGGAAGGCCGAGGAGUUUUGCGAGCGGGGCUGGCAUGAUGACGCCCCCUUCCGCGAGGCCCACAUCGAUCAAGCCCUGCAGUUGGAGGGUGAGGCGCUCGGGGUGCGGCUGCGCCAGUUCCGCGGCUACGUGGCCGCCAGCGCUUGGGCGGCCGCCGACGACGAGAUGGAGCUCUUCAGGGGCCUGCAAGCGUCGGCCUUCGAGGCCAGGCGCGCGCGCAGGAGGCAGGGCGCAGCCGCCAGCAGCGGGGGCGAGGGCUUGCAGCUGCUGGGGCGAACCGUCAUGGUCUUUGCGGGGGAUUGGAUCUUCGACAGGAGGGACCCCGACGGCGCGGAGAGCAGCUGGCGGGCCUGGGCAGCGAGGUUUGUCGUGACGUGGCUGAGGCAACCCGCCAAUGCAGCUGCCUACCAGAUGGCGGCCCAGGGGGUGGGCUCGGUCGGGGUCCAGGCGACGGUCAAGGAGAUGGUCGAGCAGGCGUGGCAACGCAAGGUCAGCGUGCGGCAGGCGGCGUACAGGCACCUGCUGGACCUGCCUUUCCCCGCAUGGCACCACGUGGUGGCGAUGUUGUGGGCGUCCAUUGAUGAGGUGGCGAGGGCGAUCGAGGCCCUGAUCGGACCGACUGCAAUGGCCCAGCUGCCCGUGCUGCCUGGCUUCGCGGGGCCCCUGCCCGACGGCGGGCCGCCAGGCGCGCUGUCGCCGCCUAGAACGGCCAUGCUCCCGCUGGCCGUGGCGUGGCCCCCAGCCCUCGACCAGGCCAUAGGAGCCAUGGCGAGUCAAGGACAAGGUCACGGCCGCCCUCGGCUCCCCCGCCUGCAGCAGCUGGGGUUGGCGGACUUCGACAGUGAUGGCGACGGCCCCGACCCGGGCGCGGCGCCGCUGCCUGGUGUGAGGGGCGGCGCGGGCCCCGUGCAUGCGCCUGCCGACGACGCCUCGUGGCGCGCGGGAAGCGGGGCCGAGGGGCCCGGCUCGGGCGCGUCGCAAGGCGUGGGCUCCAGCGGCGCGGCAGCUGCUACCAGCGGCGCGGUGGUGGGCGGCCAUGAGGCGGAGGCGGACAUCAAUGGCCCCCCGCAGUGGGCACAGGUAGGGCUGCGCACGCCCGAGGCCGAGGGAGGGGCCGCCCAGGGCGGGGACCAGCCACCCCCCCCAGUCGCGGCGGCGGCGCAGGCGGCGUUGGCCACCCCAGUGGCAGCGGCCUGCGUGCUGGCGGCGGCCGCUGCAGCCACGUCGCCGCCAGGCCCCAGCGGUGCCUCAGACGGGGCGGGCCCCCCCCCCGCGGCCGCGCGGCGCUCGCGUAGCCCCCGGCGGCGGCAGGCUGGCAGGGCGCCGCAGAGCGAGAUCGCCGUGCCCAGCACCGUCCUCGGCCACGGCGUGCGGGAGGCGGGGCAGCAUGCCUUUUGCUGCAGAUGCGGGGCCUUCGCCGAGCUGCAGGGGGCAGACCGCGUCAAGGGUCUGAAGAAGAGCUGCGGCGGCCGCAUCCCGCAGGGCACGCUGGUCAUUGCGGGGCAGAAGAAGAAGCGCCUGUGCCUGGGCCGUCUGCUCGGCAGGUGCGACCCCUACACGGGGAAGCUGCUCGGCUGA